AUGGCUUGUGCUGGUGUAUGUAAAGGUUGGGCCAAGCAUGCUACUCUUAUAAACAACUGUUAUCCUAUCAAUUCCGGUGAGACGGGUCCCAGAUCUAGUGAACUUUCUUAUCUCUUGUUUUAUGCAAACUCGAAGCCUGCUAAACUCACAAAAUGCGGUGUUUAUCUGGAAAAAAGAGUAAUUACCGACGUUAAAAAACGCAGAAAACAGGAUACUGAAGUUUCUUUACAAAUUAUCAAGGCGCUUCUGGAAGCUUGUCAUAAAAAUUUAAACUUAUUUUCAAAAAAUAUUGUAAAGAUCAUUACUGCUUCUUUGAGCACAAGUGAUAUUGAUUUGGUAGCAUGCGCCACUUCUGUAUUCAUUACUUUCUGCAAAUACUAUGACGGUUCUACGCUUGGUGUCGACACUGAAUUUACUGAAAUUUAUGAAGGUUUAAUUGAAUUGCUUGCAAAAUACGCGACCAUUAAAGAAUCCGAUUCUAAUGAUGAGAGAAGGUGUCGGUUUAUUGGUAUUCAUGCUCUUCAAAGUGCGAUAACUUCCGACGCUUUACAUUCUACUAGCGCUAAAGUUCAAUUGCAACAUAUUGUUCCGGCAAUUUUAUAUAAUUUAAUUGAUGAUCUGAAUAGAUUAGAAACCUUGCAAAAUGCUGAUCAUGAGUUAGUUAAUAGCGAUUCCACAGGACGAUUACGUCGUUUUUCUGCUAAUAUUACAACUAUAUCAGUCGAAGAUAAUACAAACCUGGCUUAUAAUUGUUUGAAACAACUAUUCACAAUGUCUAAUCCCUCUUACAUAAAUUAUUCUCUUGGAUCUGUUUUUAAUUUUUUGGAAGAUACUGCAAUGUGGACGCAAAGUAACUUUAUUAUUAGCUUAGCUUCAACUAUUCUUUCAUCUCUCAAGCAAUUAGAAGCUUUGCCAACUGGAUCAAGUCCUACUCCAAAAAAGGUCUCAUUGGUUAAAAUCUUAUCUUUCAUAUUGAGUGGUGAUACCCCUCUUGUUGGGUUUUCUAUACUUGAAGUUUUAGAUUGUUUACUUCGUUUAUUGUUGAGUUCUUUGAAAAAUAGUGAUGGCAUUAAUGAUGAUGAUAAUAUUACUGAUUCUAAUGAAUCUGAUUUAUUAAUUUGUCAACAACUCACCUCCUGCAUUGGUGGCCUGGCAACUCAUAUUUAUUAUGCAAAUCAAAUUAGUGAUAUCAUUGAGUAUAUUAUUCAACGAUUACGUAUAAACCCUGAACCAAUUGAUCAAUCUCAACAAGGAAGUAGUCAUAGUUCAAUCAUAGAAGGUUAUCCAUUAUCUGAAUUGCGUAAAACAUUAUUAAAAUGUUUAGAUAUAGUUGUAAGAACUAACAAAGAAAGUGAAAUAAGACAUUCUGAAAUUACGAGAUGUGAAGUGCCCGUGGAGGUAUUUCAUAGUUCAAUCGAUCUAUGUAUGGAUGAAGACCUAGGUGUAAGGAUUGCAUAUGCCCAAGUCCUUGCAAGAUUUUUGGAUAAUGGUAAUAUGCCAAGAGAGUUGAAGGAAGUGGAUUCGACACAGUUAACUUAUUUUAACAAACCAGCUAUCUAUUUCUUAAAUUCACUUCAUGUGUCACUAUAUCAAUAUGCAAUGUUAAAAAAUUCACAGCCUGCUGAUCAUGUAGCCUUAUUAUCAUUAUUACGUGCUUUAUUGGUUCGAUUCAGGGCAGAUCAAAUAAUUCGUGGUGUUCCAGUUGUCUUCAAAUUACAGUCUGAAGCGAAAGAUGAAAGUCUUGAGAGCUUUGCUCAGCAAAGAGCAUUAGCAAGUGUCAUUUUGUUAUAUUUUCGUGAUAUUGCCUCUGUAUUAGAUAUCCCAAAAUUACAUGAAUAUAUUGAUGGGGUUCAAGCUGAACGUAUGGACAAACGUCAAUGGUCGACUUAUAUAAAUGCAAUUUCAUCUGAGAACAAUAUAAAUGAUACAAAUUUAUUAAAGUCUUUUGAGGAAGAAGUUCUUGAUGAAAAUAAUUGUACUUUACAACCUGUUGAUUUUUGGCUUGAUCGACAAACAAUUGUAUCAAUGCUUUGUCAACAUAAGGAAUUAAUUGACAUUGGUGGUAAAGAUUUAGAAGUCAGAUUAAUGACAGAAUGGAAACCAGAAGAAGGUUUUGAAAGUGUUAAACAAGAAGGAUAUCGAAUCAGAUCAAGUAGAAUAUUGGAGAAUGAUAGGCCUCGUAUAACUAUUACGUCAUUUACAACUUUAGAAGAUAGUUCUGGUGAUCUGCCGAAAGCAUCUAUCAAGGUGGAAAAUCUUAAGGAUGCUCUUGCAAACAAUGAUUUAUCUGAGCAUGAUACAUCCGUGGCAUCAGAUAUUGAGUCUUCAAACACGUUUAUGGGUGAAAGAAAAAAGAAAAUCAAAAACGAUAACAAAAAGUCCGAUAUAAAUGCCUUUUUACAUUCUUUAGGAACUAAGAAUGCUUCGAGUACGACAAGUUUAGUAAACCCACCAUAUCGAACUUAG